UCGCGCUGGUCCGCGCUGGUCCGCGCCCGUGUGUGCCGUUCGUUUACGUCGUAUCGCAGUCGCAGGCAGGCAGCCGCGCAUUAUCGCGUCGUCAGGUAUCGCCGAGCGGAAGCUCGCGACGCAGCGCAACGCCAUACCGUACGCGAUUGUCCGAGCGCGCGCAGGCGACUUCCGCUUUCGAGGCGUCGGGAGCGUCGCUUCGAAGGCCCCCGCGUUCGCGCGCGCGUUCCAGCCACCAAACCGUACGCCGUACGGCGGCGAUUGGCGAUUAUGUGUUUUGGAUACGCGCCGCGCGUCCGACGGGAAUGGUCGCGCGCGAGUCCCGCGAACCGCCGCGCGACGGUCGCGUCCCGGCGAGAUAAAUCCGUCGUCGACCUCGAGGACGCGAGGAGACCCGAGGAGUAGUUACGCGCGCGGUUCCCCGGCGGUCCGCGGCCACCGCACGGGAACGCGAGUGCGCCCUGUGCGCCGCUCUACGACCGCCUGCUCCGUGCUCCGUAGUAGUAGUAGUAGUAGUAGCAGUAGUAGCAGUGCGAUCCCUGCGCGAGCCACUCAGCAGCCAGCGAGCGUACGGCGAGUUAUGCGAGCGCGCGCGUCUACCGGGACCAUCGUCAUCGCGGGUGUCGUUCACCGCUGACGUGCAUCCCGAUGCUUUGAGAUACGGGCGGCCACACAUACACACGUACACACAUAUACGUAUAUACAUAUAUAUUCACGUACAAUACAUAUAUAUAUAUAUACACACGGCCGGGCGGCGGAAGUGUUUUGCUCGAUCCUCGUCGCGCGCGCAGUCCGUGCGCUCCACGGGGCCUUUCGGUCUCGUCGCUCGCUCCCGCCGCGCCGUUGGGUACGGCCCACCGAGGAAGGCGAUCCGCGCCCGCACCGUCGUCGCGCGCACCGGAAUUACCUCCCUUCCCCCCUCCGACACUUGGACGCCGAGCCUCCGUCGUGCCCGCCCGUGUCCCGCCCUGGACACGCCGAUUCGCCCGAUUCGCCCGCCACACGACGGGUUAUGUUUCCCACCUUCAUCGGGAUCCUAGACAUACAAUCGUGGUGGGAGGUGCCAAGUAUAGCACACUUUUGCUCAUUAUUUAGAGCUGCCUUCAAUCUUCUGGAUUUUGAUAUUGAGGAUUUGGAAGAAGCUUUAUUAACGGACGGAGGUACCGAGGGACGACUGCUUCAGGAACUGAUAGUAAAGUUACUGGAGGGUUGCCUGCCAAAUGACACCCGCAAUGACAUCUCCACCUUUAAUUAUCAGAUGUUUUUGCGUAGACUUUUCCGGAAAAAAUGUCAAGAAUACGAUUGCGAAAAUCCUUUCAAUACAGACGUAGACUUCGAAUUGUUACCGCUUCGUCAAAAAGUAGAAAUACUACGUGCGCUCUGUGACUUCAGGCUCGACGCCGAGGACGUAGAGCAGUCGUUGAGUAACUUGGACUCGGAUAGUCUGCGAGUCGAACCUUUGGGACAUGAUCGUAAGAAUUCUGCCUACUGGUACUUCUACGGCACUCGACUGUACCGGGAAGAUUACAUUGAUACUACUAACAGUGCCUCACACAAGCAGAAAAGUAAACCAAGGGACAAAAAGCGUAAAAAACGACGGAACAGAGUGGCGAAGGAGGAACAGGAAGAGGAAGAGAAGGAGGAAGCUAGUUUAAUAAACGGGAACAACGGACGAGAGAGCGUUUGGCAAGUUGUUUGUUUCACUCAACAGGAUUGGAGCAGAUUAGUUGAAAAAUUUCGCGAUUCGGAAUACGACACCGAACGCAAGCUUUAUCGCACGUUGUCCGAGGACUUUAUGCCCGAAAUACCGAAGUUGUUUGAUCUAAAAGAGAAACAACAACGACGUAAGCUGUUACAACGUAAUAGCUCGCGAGUGCUUCGUAGCCAGGAACCUGCUACACAGAUGGAUGCAGUCAUGGUCAAAUCCAAGAUCAGGACUAAAACGACCAAAGGGACUAAAAAAGGGACUCAAGCUUCGAAAUCUUAUAUUAAGGAGGAUGCAACUCCACCGUUACCGACUCCACCGAUUCAGAAGAAGGGACGGCAAACGAAUAAUUCUUUAGCCUCGGCUGUCGGCCAGAUUGUAAUUCAUACUAGGGACGAGGUAGAGGACUUGGAGAAGAAGAAAGGUAUUGGUAAUCAUGGCGAUGGCAAUUUAUCUCAUAAUUAUGGAUACAAAUAUGGUUAUUCGUUCGGUAUCGAAGAGGAGGAGCGUUGCGUCGGGAUGCACAAGGUUCUCGAAAGUGUCAAGGACCAUGUGGAUGCCUGGCCAUUUAUCGAGCCCGUGGACGAGGACUAUGCACCACGAUACUACAGUGUGGUGCGCCGGCCAAUGGACCUCAAAACGAUGGAAGAAAAACUAGAAAAUGGCUCGUAUAAGAGUUUAAGUCAGUUUAAACGCGAUUUUCGGCUUAUCAUUGACAAUUGUAGGCAGUACAAUGGCUCUGAUAAUGAAUACACAGAUAUGGCGAUUAAUCUUAAGGAGGCUUUUGACAAAGCCGUAAGUCGAUAUUUAGAAUCAGAGACAUCCAGUGACGAAGACGCUGUAUCUUCUCGGCCAUUGGCCGGAUCACCUACAUCUUUAUCUCAUCCUUCACGUCAUUUACCUUCUUCGCACCAUAACGCACGUAAACGUUCAAAAAAAUCAACCAAAAAGUCCAAAUCAUAUAAACCUGAAAGUAAAACAAAAUCUAAAAGUAAUGAAAAAAUGGAUGAAGAUGAAAAGAGGAAUAAAAGUAUUAAAGUUGCGAAAAAGAAAAGGGGAAAGAAAAAAGGUAAAAAGGUAAAAGAAGAAGAAUUGGAUGAGGACGAGGAGGAACAGGAGGAUCAGGAAAGUGAAGAUGCAAUAUCUGAAACUAGUAUCUUAACGUCAAAGAGAAGAAAAAACGUUGAUGUAAAUAGUUUACUUAAAACCAAAAAGCUACCUAAAGAAUCGGAAGAAUUAAAAACGUCUAAUAAAAAAGCGAGCAAAGAACGACAUCAGUCGAAAAAAGACUCGGAAAUUGUACGAUCUGCUAAAGAAGCAAAAGAAAAUAAAAAGCGGAAGGAGGAUUUCGAGGAAGAUUACGAGCCUCCGAUAAUUACGAAAAGUAAAAGUAGAAAAAUAGAGAAGAAAGAACUUGAGGAAACUACGAUAUUGACGGACAACACGAAGAAGAGCAAAUUGAAAAAGAUCGAGGUGGAAGAAAGUGAUACAGUAUUCAAGGAGGAUAAAAAACAAUCUUCUCACGUUAAAACGAAAAAGAAUCGUAAGAAAGAAAAGUCGAACUUAAAGACUGUAACCAGGUCUGAUGAAAAAUCCGACAAGGGUCACAUGAAGCAAAAAAAUAAGAAAUCAAAACAAAAGAAUGAAGAAUUAAAAAAUGGAGAGUUAAAAAGUCAAACAGAUUCCAAAGAAGUAGAAUUAGAAAAUGCUUUAGAUUCCAAACACACUCACAUCUCCAAAAAACUUUCCACGUUAAUUGGUAAUAAAGAUGUAGACUCGCUUGAUAGUUUAAAAGAUAAGAUAAGCGAUAGAAGACGGGAAGAGAAAUUGAAAAAUGAAAAGGAAAAACAGAGGAAAGCGAUGAAGAGUGACACUCAUGGUGUCUAUUCAAAAAAAGUGCCUUCAAACAGUAAUACUUUUCACGACAAUGAUAAAGAUAGUGCAAAGCGAUCAAAGUCGAAGAAAAGUAUGAAGGAAGAUAAGACGGAUGACGCGAUUAAGAAACAUAAUUCUGAAAUCAAUGAAAAUAAGAAAAGCACUCAUGCUAAACAUACCAAAGGAUUGGGAGCAGAAGAGAAUGCAGCGAUUCAAGCAUUAAAUCAAGCGACGGAGAAAACACUUCAUGACAUUAAUAAGUGGCUUGACGACGCGCCCAAGAUCUCGGAAUUUUCCUCUGGCAGUGAUUCGCCAGUGCUUCAUACCUCUUCCAUCGAAUCCAGAUCAGGAUCCAAGGUGGAGGCUGCGCGAAAGAGACCGAGCUCUAUCAAAAUAUUUGGUCCUCAUGGACCAAGUCGACCGAAAAAGAUACAGCGCACGAUCGAUCGUUUACAACCUGGUAAAAGCAAGGGAAAUUUGCUUCUGAAGAAACCGCUUAAUGUGUCCAGCGCUAACACCAGUGAUACCGCGACCUAUUCUACCAGUGAUAACGAUCAAUCGAAUAAGGAUAACGACGAAGAACCGAAGCUCAGUUUAGGUACUGUGCUGAAAAACGUGGAUUCUAUCCAGUUGAUUUGUAAGAGUUUGGUAUCGUCACCUAAUCCCAAUUUGUCGAACGACGACGAGGAAGAGGAUCACUCUCUUAUCACGAUUCAAGCGUCUAACGUGAAAGAAGAGAAAACGAGUGCUAAGGAAGCUACGAAAACAUCGAACGUAAAAGAGGAGAAGGAUGCGGCUCGAUCCGGUACGGAAGAAACGCAGAAACCAAAAUCCGCCACACCAAAUUUGAGUGCCUGGUUCAAAGCCUUUGGAGCGCCAAAAUCAAAAAAGAAAGAAGAGGAAGCGGAAGAAGUCACGAUAAUGAAGAAAGACGGAGAUUCGCAGGAAGCAUUUUGCGGCAGACAAAGACGAUUGAGCACCGGUGGUAGCAGUGUCAGUGAAUCGGUGUCCAGUUUCUCCCAAGAAUCGCCACCGGCACCUCGCGCGGCGCAUUCCCCGCAGUGUCAGCCCGUGAUAACUCCGACCGAGCCGAUAAGAGGUGCGGGAUUUUAUCAAGACGCAAUGUCAACUGGAAGCAGCCCCUACAACAGUCCCUAUUACGCGACCCCGCCGAGAUACAGCGCGCAAUUGCCACCCACUCCGUCGCCGCAAAAUCAUCCGCUGUCGCCAGCUUAUCCGUCAUCUUACGAGCAACCACCACCAGUCUAUCCUCAGGUACAUGCGCAGCCGCCGUAUCAAUCGCCGUAUCAGAAAUCCUCACCUCAAGAUAACGCCAAUGAGGCGUAUCCGCAAAUGUCUCCGCAACGUUUUCCGCAACAAUUAUCCGCCAACAGUCAGAAUCAGUCACCUGUUUAUCCCCAACACUCGCCGCAAGCGAUGCAGCCGGUUUAUCCUCAACCAUCGCCUCAAACACCACCGUCGAAUUACUCGCAACCGUCGCCGCAGCAACCGUCUACUCCGAGUUACUCGCAGCCGUCUCCGCAACAGAAUGCGGUUGCUAAUUAUUCUCAACCCUCUCCGCAGGCGGUCGCCAAUUAUCCGCAGCCUUCUCCACAGCAACAGCAUUCCCCCUACUCACAGUCAUCCCCUCAAACGCCGCCGAAUUACUCGCAGCCGUCUCCGCAGCAGCACUCUCCGUACGCGCAGUCCUCGCCUCAACAACCCGCUGGGUACGCUCGUCUGUCACCACAACCACCGCCAACGAAUUACUCUCAACCUUCGGCUCAACCACCUAACGCAUAUGCGCAGCCGUCUCCUCAGCCGCCGAGUUUCUCCCCGCAGACGUCACCGCAAGCGCGUCCCGCCAACUAUUCCCAGUCAUCGCCGCAGCCUCCGAAUUCUUACCCUGCCCCGCAACACGAUCGGAGUUACUCGCAAUCGUCGCACCAACCAAUUCAGACUUUUCCUCAGCAUUCACCGCAAGCGUCGUCUCCGUUCUCCGAACCGUCGCCGCAGAGUAGUCCGUAUUCCCAAACGUCGCCGCAACCGCUGACGAAUUAUCCGCAGUCAUCUCCCCAGCAGCCGGCAACGUACUCGCAUCCGUUACACUCGCCGCAGACACCGCCGAAUUACUCGCAGCUUUCGCCGCAACAGACAUCCGGGACAGUGGCACCGGCGGCGGCGGUGGCGGCGGCGGCGGCGGCAGCGGCAGCAGCAGCAGCAGCAGCAGCAGCAGUGAAUUACUCGCAACCGUCACCUCAACAAUCUCGGAAUUAUCCGCAAUCCUCGCCUCAACAAAAGUCCACGUGCAAUCCGGCACAGCCACCGCAACAAUCUCCCGGUUACUCGCAGCCAUCUCCACAACAGACCGCUAGUUACUCUCAACUUCAGUCGUCGAAGACGGAGGAAUAUGCUUCUCAAGCUACAGCGCCGUCUGCGAGUUAUCCCCAGGAUUACAAGCAAAAUCCUUCGUAUAUUCAGCAGUCACCCACGAUAUCUUCGUCCGUGAGUGAAGCCGAGCACCGGACGGAAUAUCUCAAGUCCAACGCUACUGAGAAAUCUGUGACGGGCGAUCAGCAGAGGAGCUUUCCCGUUCAAUCGGAAUCGUUGAAUCUGAACGCGAAUCAUCAGAUCUAUCAGUCGCCGAGUCAGUAUCCGCCAACGUAUCCAAACAGUUUCCCCAACGUCGAGCUCCAGAGGUCCGCUUCGAGACACGGCGGUCAGCAACAGACGCAGCAGCAGCAACAACAACAACAACAACAACAGCAGCAGCAGCAGCAGCAGCAAUCGGCGCCGCAAGAGUCGCGAACCGGUUUUGCCGAGAUACAGUCGCGCGGCUUUCUCGGCAAGGCACCGUCCGGUAGCGGUGAUCAAUUAUCCGCGUCUGCAUCGGAUCAGACGCAGUUGUUGGCAUUCCAGCAGAACUUGACGACAGCCCAUGAGUCGCUUUAUCCAAGCGGUUUCCAGCCGUCUGGUUACUCAUUACCGCCACCAAACUCGAGGCCGGUGUAUCCUAGUCCGCAUUAUUUCGACGCCAGCUCCAAGUCUACCGGCGGUGGCAGUGGAGGCGCGAUCAGCAAUUCAUCCAGCAAUCCUCCGCCGAUGAAGAAACGCGCGUACGAACCGCCUUCCAAUGAGUCCAGCACUCGCGGUCUGUCGCAAGAGAGCGCGGUGACGCGUCCGGGUCAGGAGCAAUUUCCAAGUUUCGAGCCAAUGAUGUCUCUCUCGCAGUCGGAGGCCGUGUCGGUCAGUCAGUACGAUGGCACGUCGUUCGUCACUGGCCUGGCCGACUCUAUGGCGACCAAUUCGGCAUACGCACGACUGAGUCUCGGUUUAGUGGGCCGGGGAUCGGGAAAGGACCAGCAGCAACUACUGACGAUCCCACGACCACCGCCUGGAACGAAGUCGGACCAUCUCGCCGCUUACGGUCGCGCCGCCGCACCCGGUCCUGCUGAGCUCGAGCAGCUCAAUCUGCUGCAGAGCUUGCAGAACGCCAAGAACAGCCAGGGUAUCCUCGCGAUAUCGCGACGAGCCGGCGAGAGCGACGUACGGGCGACGCCUGUCGCCGCGAUGACGCCCACCGCAACGCCGUCCAAGACGAAGAGGAGCCGGAAGAGCAAACAUCCGCAACAACAGGAACAAACGAACGCGGCCGUGACAGCGACAGCCGUAACGACGAACGCUGUCGCAACAGCCGCUGAUCAGCAGCAAACGGCAGGAAUGCCCGCUUUCCCGCAGUACGCGGCUGCGUCUGCCGCGACCGAAUCUAUCGGUGCUUUGAAGACAGUACCGCCGCCCGCGGGUAGUGCCUUCAACUUCGCUGCCAGUGCUAGCGGUGGGACCACCGGCCACGCGCCGCCGUUCCCCUAUGACAAGGACGCUACCGCGGCUGCCGCAUUUGCCUUCUUGACAGAUGAGUUCCGCAAUCCGGGUAGUUACUACAUGGCCCUGCGACAGCAGCAGCAACAGCAACAACAGCAGCAACCACAGUCGUCGAUGGUGCCGCCAACAGUGAGCAGCGCCUCGGGCCAACCGACCGCCUGCAACAAACUCGGUAAUCAGCCACCACCAAGGAACUAUCCACCGCCACAUUCGUUCCUCCACUCGGCCGCCGCGGCCGCCGCCGCGCAGAGGUCAGCGGCGGCGGCAGCGGCCUACGUCCCGCCGGUCUCCGCCUACGUGACGCCGCACGGGCCCAACCUGACGGUGGACCAGGCCGCCUAUCAGCAGUACAUCCAUUCGCUCUACGCCCUCCAGCCAUCGCCGCAUCAUCACCGACCGUCCUGGCUUUAGCCACUAAGAUCGCUGCAAGAUCGGUCUGUGAUUCGAUGAUGACAGAUUAAUCUUCUGAUGGAUCUCGAGACAUUCGAGAUCCAAAGGGAUACCAAAUAUUAAUCGAAAGUCUUGGCGAGCGCGCGAGAGAGCAGUAUGCCCUUACCUUAUUUUUUAUCUUUUUUUUUUAAAUCACAAAGGACAUCCUCCUCGCGACUUGUCUUUUCUAUCGUUUUUUUUUUUCCUUUUUUUUUACGUAACUGACCGUAUCGUAUCCGUGAGGCUCUCUACGGAAAUUAGGUAAACAAUCGUUUGUAGAUUUCUUUGACUGCAGUUUCCUUUUUACAAGUGACUCGCGAAACUUUGACACUUUUACACCGUUCGUCGAAAGUAAAGAAGUCUAGCUUCUACAUAUAUUGUACAUAAAGGACAAGUCUACUUUCGAUAUAGGAAUUUUUGAUAGUUUUCUAAAACGAGAUUAACCGGCAGGUUCAAUAGCUCUAAGUCGAGAUCGCUAGCGCCAAGAGUAAGUCGAUCCGCACGUCUAUCAAAAGUUCCUCCGUUUGCAAUGUCGGGCAAAAUGUAUCCGCGAGCAAAUAACGUAUAACGUAGAAUAUAAUACAUUAUAUGUUUGCAUCAUAUAAUGUAGAGUCACUGCAUCAGUCACUGAAUCAGUAAAUGAUUGUUAAAAAAAAAGAAUAUUAAAAUAGUAAUACUUCGGCUGCGUUCAGAGAACAUACUAUUAACGUUAUUCCGUUAUUCUAUUUUUAUCGACAUAAAAUAAAGAUAAAGUGACGUGUUGUGCAGUAUGCUCCACGAACGCAGUUUUCAAAUCAGCAAAUUGCAAAUUGAUUUAUACUUUUUAGUUCUAAUUUUCAUACAGAUUUGAUUAAAAUAUCGUUUUUUUAUUUAAAUAUGUAAUCAUAUCAAUUUAUUUUUAAUUAUUCGUUAUAUGUCGGAUGAUUAAUACCGAUAUCUCGUGGUAAUAAUCAGCAAAAGUUUUUGUUUGAAUUUCAAGUCCUAACUUCAAAUUUCUUCCAUUGUUAGGUCGACAAUUAAAAUUGGUUCUUAUUUUUUUCCAUUGAUUCGUCCACGGUGCUUUCAAAAUUCUGCGAUCAUGAAUGAAAUUAUUGUAUCACUCGGUUGUUCAAACGUGAACUGGCAAUAAUUUUAUAUCAUUGUUAUCAAGUUCAUAGAUUUGGCAUAAUAAUCUUGACCUGAUUCUUCCUGAUUUUCCUAAAUUGCAGUUUAUUCCAUUAAACUCGCUUAAAAGAUCAUUUAUUACGAGGAUAUUUACAAGCGGCUCAUCUUUUAUUUAAAUUGCUCUGAGAUUUUUUUCAAUCAGUAAUUUAGGAUCACUGCAGUGACUCUAUAUAUAUAAACGCGUACCUAUAUGUAUAAAUGUGUAUUUAUACACAACGUAUCAUUGUUGCAUACAUUGUCAUUCGCGAAUGCAUUUCGCCUGACGCUUACCUCUGCGUUGACAAGUGCACGCGCGAACGAAUUUUGCACGUGCUCGUUGGUGUGUAUGUGCGUAAGUACGUGCGUGCGUAUGCGUCGGGACAUGGAAGUAUGCAAUAUUUAAUUUUUGCGUUAUUAAUCAGCUGAUGACGGGCGUCCUCCCUCUCAGUAGCUCCGCCAUUCGGGUCCACGAUUCGCCAAGUGUCGUCUAGCCCGUCAGAUUUUUCGUUAAUGAUCUUUCUGUUCGGUCCGGUAGCGAAUUAAUCGUCGAACUCGUAGAUGAAGACUCCUGCGAAGGGGAUAAAACCGAAGAGGAGAUUCUCUGUGUAUAAUAAUUAUCGAGCGCACGCUCCGUUGCUGGUGUACGUUAUGUAGAUUACCUAGCAUCAUAAGAAAUAGCAUGUAAGGGAGUUAGGCUUUUUUUGUAUAUAUACAUAAAACAUAUCUCGCGUAGAGGACGACGUGCUCGAUCUUGAAGAGAUCUCGACGAGGUGCAAAGACCCGGGAAAGGGAACGAGAAUCGGUCGUGAUUCGAAUUAAAUCUCGCGACUUUGAAGAGAGACAUGUCUUUCUUUUUUUUUCUUUUUGUUAUUGAGAGAGGCGUAUAUAAUAAUAGCAUAACGAGAGAUCAGCAGAAAUAUAUGUGUAUAAGCAUAUGUGUGCGAAAAAAAACAAAAAAGACGAAAUAUACCGUAAUACGCCGUAAUGUCGUCGUAAUACACCCAUUAAUUCAUCUUUAUCGUUGAGCAGCGAGUAUCGUCGGGAGAAGAGAAGCGGUAUUGGAACUUAUAAAUAUAUACAUAUAUAUUGUAAAUGUAUAUUGUAAAUGUAUCUAUGACAAAUUAAAGCGCAGUUUGUUACAAAA